CCUCCGUGCAGCGCUCCGCGGCGGCACACCGAUGAGGAUGCGUCAGUGUCCGGCUGUCAGUGGAAGCUCUUCGGCUGUGAGGAGGAGGAAGGAGGAAAUAAGUAAAUAGAUAUAUAAAAAAAAAAAAAGGGGGGGAACGGUGCAGACUGAGCUCAGAUCUCGGACGCUCGUUCAUCGCGGACGCUCGUGGGCCGACUCCGGCAGACUCACAGCCAUGGGGUCCUCCGCCGAGGAAGGCUUUAAAGAGAAAUUAUUAUGGACCGUGAAACGAGAGGUGAAGCAGAUAAUGGAGGAAGCUGUGACUAAGAAGUUUGUCCAUGAAGACAGCAGUCACAUCAUAGCUCUUUGUACUGCCAUCGAGGCUUGCCUAGGUCACAUGCUGAAGCGGCGGGCGGCCGGCUUCCUGCGCAGUGACAAGAUCGCCGCCCUGUUCACCAAGAUCGGCAAGGUGAACGACACCACCAGCGACGUGUGCUGCAAGGUGCAGGAGCAGCUCCAGCAGCAGUCGGAUGUCUCAAGGAGGACCCAGAGCCUGGGCCAUGAGUCCCUCAGGAGGCAGGGCUCCUCCACCACCUCCGCGACCCCCCGCGCUCCCCAGGCCCUCUCCGCCCAGGCCGUCAAGCACAUCUGGGUGCGCACCGCCCUCUUCGAGAAGGUGCUGGACAAGAUCGUGCAGUACAUCGUGGACAACUCCAGUAAGUACUAUGAGAGGGAGGCUCUGAUGCACGACCAGGUCUACGGCCCCAUCCUCGCCGCUCUGCUGGUGGGACCCUGUGCCCUGGAGUACACCAAGCUGAAGACGUCGGACCACUUCUGGACGGAUCCGUCGGCCAAUGAGCUGGUCCAGCGCCACCGUAUCCAUGGCGCCCACCGAGGACAGGACACCUCCCCUGGACGCAGGCCCACUCUGGGCAUCCGCAAGAGGCAGUCCAGUGGCAGCGUGUCGGAGGACAAGUUUGCAGCGUCGGCGCGGGAGUACGUGGAGUCCCUGCACCAGAACUCACGCACACACCUGCUCUACGGCAAGAACAACGUGCUGGUGCAACCGAAGAAGGAGAUGGAGGUGCUGCGGGGGUACCUGUCGCUCCACCAGGCCGGGGAACACCUCACCCUCAAGUGGACGCCCAACCAGCUCAUCAACGGGACCCUGGGGGACUGUGACGACCUGGAGAAGAGUAUCUACUGGGACUAUGCAUUGACCGUGCCUUUGCGGCAGAUCGUCUGCAUCCACUGCCACCAGAGAUCCGACUGCGGGGGCACCCUUGUGCUUGUCAGUCAGGAUGGGAUCCAGCGGCCGCCCCUCCACUUCCCCCCCGGGGGCCACCUGCUGGCCUUCCUGUCCUGCCUGGAGUCAGGCCUGCUGCCCCAGGGCCAGCUGGAGCCCCCUCUCUGGUCCCAGAGAGGCAAGGGCAAGGUGUUCCCCAAGCUGAAGAAGAGAAGCAGCACAGCGCGCCUCCUGGAGCAGGACCUCAGCGGCGAGGAGCAGACCGCCGCCGACUACGUCUUCCGCAUCGUGUACCCGGGACACCGGCUGGACUCCACGGUCACAAUAAACUACCACCACACCACGGGCAGUCGCGCGCCGUCGCUGGACGACGACGAGGAGGAGGAGGACAGGCUGCACGCCAUGCUCUCAAUGAUCUGCUCGCGGAACCUCACAGACCCCAAUGUCAUGAAAGAUCACGGCGAUACAUCGGAGAUGCAGGCCUUUGGCAGCAGCCCAUCGUCGUGGCAACAGGCUGAGCUUACGAGCCACUUGUCGUCAUGCCUGUCCUGUUCCACCGGGGGCAGCAACACGUCCUUCGACUCCACUUGCACCUGUAUCCACGAAACCUCCGAUAUACACACGAUCCCAUUGAAGAUGCUUUGCCAGAACAUGAAGAGGCAAAUUGUCUCCCGGGCCUUUUAUGGAUGGCUGGCCUACUGCCGACACCUGUCCACGGUGCGCACUCACCUGUCGGCCCUGGUCCAUCACAACAUCGUGCCCCCGGACAAGCCCUGCGAGGCGGCCGGAGGCCUGAGCAAGGAGGUGUGGAGCAAGUACCAGAAGGACUGCAAGAACUACAAGGAGCUGGAGCUGCUGCGGCUGGUUUACUACGGCGGGGUUCAGCCGGAGAUCAGGAAGGAGGUGUGGCCCUUCCUCCUGGGGCACUACAGGUUCGGCAUGCCCAAGAAGGACAUGAGCCAGACGGACGAGAAGAUCAGCGAGCGCUACCAGCAGGUGAUGAAGGAGUGGAAGGCCUGCGAGGUCAUCGUCAAGCACCGGGAGAAGGAGGUGCAGUCGGCCAUCUUCGCCAAGCUGUCGUCGGGCAGCAGCAUCGACAGCCACGUGCUGCGCCUCAUCCACAGAGACUCCACCCUCAGCAACGAGGUGUUCAUGUCUGUGGACGAGCCCGACCUGGGCGGGCCGGACGCCCCCGGCCGGGGCGACGGCCCCCCCGGUAUGACCACCCUGGUCCCGCCGGCCGCGCUGGGCCCCGAGGAGAGGCCCCUGGUGGAGUUUGACUCGCCCGACUCGGGCCUGCCGUCGUCCAGGAACUACUCUGUGGCCUCGGGACACUCCCAGAUCCUCUCCAGCAUCGAUGACGGGCAGAGCAUGGAGGACGAGGGCCCCGGGGGGGAGGAGGGCCCCAGGCGAGGAGGAGGAGGAGGACGGGGGGCCCCUGAGGAGGGCCAGGGCAGCUCCAGUCGGGAGUCUCUGAGUGAGGAGAGGCUGUGCAGCCAGCUGGACAAACUGGGGACCAGCUCCGAGUGCACCCCGCACUUCCUCUCCUCCUACACCAUCGAGCUGCUGGACACGGUUGCCCUCAAUCUGCACAGAAUAGACAAGGACGUCCAGCGCUGCGACCGCAACUACUACUACUUCACCACCGCCAACCUGGAGAAACUGCGCAACAUCAUGUGCAGCUACGUCUGGGAGCACCUGGAGGUGGGCUAUGUCCAGGGUAUGUGUGACCUGCUGGCGCCGCUCCUGGUCAUCUUGGACGAUGAAUGCCUGGCGUACAGCUGCUUCACUCAGCUAAUGAAGAGGAUGAGUCAGAACUUUCCAAACGGCGGUGCCAUGGACACACACUUUGCCAACAUGAGGUCCCUCAUCCAGAUCCUGGACUCAGAGCUGUUUGAGCUGAUGCACCAGAACGGGGACUACACCCACUUCUACUUCUGCUACCGCUGGUUCCUGCUGGACUUCAAGAGAGAGCUGCUGUACGAGGACGUGUUCGCCGUGUGGGAGGUGAUCUGGGUGGCCCCCAGGAUCUCUUCGCGCCACUUUGUCCUGUUCCUGGCGCUGGCCCUUGUCACCGUCUACCGGGAGAUCAUCAGAGACAACAACAUGGACUUCACCGACAUCAUCAAGUUCUUCAACGAGAUGGCGGAGCGGCACGACGUGCAGCACAUCCUGCGGAUGGCUCGGGGGCUGGUGCUGCGCGUCCAGUCGCUGAUGGACAAGUGACGCCUCGGGGAAGAGCACAGCGACGCAACCCC